CUCGGUCAUGAAAAUUCAAUGCUCACUUGAGAAGGAAAAGACUAGGGAAAGCCGGCAAUCGCACUAAAAGCCACAAUAAUAUGAUUGAUGAAAAAAAAUAAAAUAUUAAUUAUUUAAGUUAGCUGAUUGAACAUAAGGAUAUGCAUGGGCUCACUCACUCACUCACUCAUAUGCUCACCUGAGAAGGCAAAGGCUUGGGAAAGUCGGCAAUCACACCAAAAGCCACAAUAAUCAGGGGUUAGAUUAGAAGAGGUGACUACCAUAACAUAACGUGUCUUGAUUGACUUGGUCGAAUUGAAUUCCACACUCCACAACAGAGUUAAAAAGGGGUGUAAUCAGAAAAUCAUUAUACAAGCCAAACACGAUUAAUAAUGGAUCAGAUUAGCAUUCAAAAAGGAAGAAUUGUGACACUAGAAGAAGGGAAUGGCCUUGAAAAAAUAAUAGACAAAGUACAGGCUCCAGUUGCGGCAGUUGUGGUUAUGGCUUGUAACCGUGCUAAUUAUCUUGAAAGGGCUCUCAAAUCUAUUCUAAAAUAUCAAAGUUCUGUUCCUUCAAAGUAUCCCCUUUUUGUAUCCCAGGAUGGAGAAGAUCCUGAUGUCAAAACUAAGGCUUUGAGUUACAAUCAGCUAACCUACAUGCAGCACUUGGAUCAUGAACCAGUGCACACCGAGAGCCCCAAGGAAAUGAUUGUAUACUACAAGAUUGCACGUCAUUACAAAUGGGCACUGGAUCAAUUGUUUUAUAAACAUAACUUUAGUCGAGUUAUCAUACUUGAAGAUGAUAUGGAAAUUUCCCCUGAUUUCUUCGACUAUUUUGAGGCUGCAGUUGCACUCCUUGAAAGUGAUAAGUCCAUUAUGGCUGUUUCUUCAUGGAAUGACAAUGGACAAAAGCAGUUUGUGCAGGAUCCUUACAUGCUUUACCGUUCAGAUUUUUUCCCUGGAUUGGGGUGGAUGCUGGCUAAAUCUACGUGGGAUGAACUCUCUCCAAAGUGGACAAAAGCAUAUCCUUGUGGUGUAUUGAGUCAUAGUUUGUUGUUCAUACUUGCAUAUUACUUUAAUGCAUCUCUUUUGAACAUUUUCUUUGACAUCUCACUCAGAAAACUUAAAUAUCUAUGGUUUCCUGACAACCUUGCUUGUUUUUGUCUUACUCUGAUUUCCUUGCAGGGUUCUAGUCUGGGCCAGUAUUUUAAACAAUAUCUUGAGCCAAUUAAGUUGAAUGGUGUUCAGGUUGAUUGGAAGUCAAUGGAUCUGAACUACCUGAUGGAGGACAAGUAUGUUAAGCACUUUGCUGACAUGGUUAAAAAUGCAAGACCUGUCUGUGGAACUGAUGAUGUUCUGAAGGAAUGUAAUAUAGAUUGUGAUGUGCGCAUUCAGUACAAAGACAAGACAGAUUUUGAACACAUUGCACACCAAUUUGGCAUUUUUGAAGAAUGGAAGCAUGACGUGCCAAGAACAGCCUACAAAGGAGUAGUUGUUUUUCGAUACCAAAGCCCAAAGCGUGUAUUCCUUGUUGGCCCAGAAUCUCUCCAACAUCUUGGGAUUUAACACGCUUAGUAAUGAUUGAGGUUUAGUGAUUGCAAGCCAUAUGUAUUCAUUAGUAAUGAUUGAGGUUCAGUGAUUGCAAGCCAUAUGUAUUCAUAAUGCAAUCUUAAAUUAUUAUGUUUUGUAGAAUCAAUUUGGAACAGAGAUCUAGAGAUAUAAAUGUUAUGUGAACUGAUAUCCAUGAGGUUCAGUGAUUGCAAGCCAUAUGUAUUCAUAAUGCAAUCUUAAAUUAUUAUGUUUUGUAGAAUCAAUUUGGAACAGAGAUCUAGAGAUAUAAAUGUUAUGUGAACUGAUA